CGCGACUCUGAUGGGUGCUACGACGACAGAUGACGCGGAGGGCUGGAUGGCAUUGGACGUGGAUUUCGAGACUAACGAACAUGAGCUACAGUUUGGAAUUCCCGGCUUGCCUGCAUCGUGGACACUGUUUCUAUUGGGCAACGGAUCACCUACCCAUCAACUCGGUCUUCUCACUGGGAGCAAGACGGAAGUGGACGUGAUCGACUUUUCCUGCAUCAAUGGGUCGUUGGACAACGCACCGGUUGACAUCGCGGAAAUCCGAGAGCCGCGGCAUCGGCGCCAAGUGUGGCUUCGCAAUGCCAAAGGCGAGCGCUUGGGCUAUGCUUCGUCAUGGUGGAGCAGUGGCGAUAUAAACUCGAUCUUUGGCCAAGACCGAACGUUUCCCAUUGGCAGCAGCAUCAAAGACAACAAGAAGGAACUAUUCCGUGACAUGAAGUCCAUCUUCCACGGCCACUCGCCCGCGUUGGAAGCCGAGUUUGGGCAUAAGGGGCCAUUUUGGGGGCGGUGGUACCUGUUCAGGCAGGGCGGGAAGCCUCUGACGCUGAUUUACGAAGUGUUUUCGCCAGGGUUGUGCAAGUACUUGGGACCCAUCGACGCCCCAUUGCCCAGACACCACCACGCUUAGGCCAGUUACUGUGUGUAGCCACCCCCGAACAACAAGCAUCAAUACAUCGUCUAAUGUUUGCCAAUGAAGAUUCCCUUCAAGAGGA